GCCUCGUACCCAAAACGAAGUAAAUAUUUAAUUGGGCAAGAAACACUACUGACACUCUUCUUUGUCUCUGCCCCAAUUCAAAAACAGAGCCGCAACUUGCAGAAACUGGUCGUCGGGAUCAAGCAACCACACAUUUUGCGGACCAAAUUCUUCUAGCAACUACCGAGCUUCUAUUAGAGCAACCAUCCACCACCAUACCCAAAAAGCGCACACAACCCUCAACACAAUUCCCCACAAAUAAACACCCAAUUCAAUCAAAUUUCAAACAGAGACCCCCUUCCCUUUAUCUCUCUGCCUCAUUGCUGUUCUUCAACAAUCGUGCGAUACAAAAGAGAAGCUGAGUGGGAGUUUCCUCCGUGUCGAAGCAUUGCUUAGAAUUUCUUGGGCGGUUCGAUUGGAUUUAAGUUCUUUUUAGUUUUCUCCAUUUCAAUUUGCAUCUGGGUUUCUCGAUUCCUCUGCGAUUCGUUCAUUAAAACUCUUCGAAUCGAUUGAUAUGUCUUUUGCUUCUUCGUUGGUUGUUUCUCCCAACGUUGAACUUUCCCCAUCCAGCUUCGGGUUUCUUGAUUCAGUUCGAGAUGGACCCCAAAUUCCCGAUUCUUCCAGAUUCUUCUUGCGAACUCGGGCGGCGAAUCUGAUGAACAAGAAACAGAAAUGGGGGAAUCACUCUCACUCUACAGAACUGAAAUACCCAAUUCUCUAUGAAGAUGGAUAUGGGUCUGUUAUUGCAGCAAGUAUGGUGGCGAAUCCCGCCGGUGAAAUGGCCGUCUCAGCUGAGCAGAAGGUGUAUAACGUAGUUAUGAAACAGGCGGCUCUAGUGAAACGGCAACUGAGAACCGGCGGAGAAUUGGAUGUGAAGCCGGAUAUUGUUGUUCCGGGGACUUUGAGCUUGUUGAAUGAAGCUUAUGAUCGCUGUGGUGAAGUUUGUGCAGAGUAUGCCAAGACAUUCUAUCUGGGAACUAUGUUGAUGACUCCUGAGAGGCAAAAGGCUAUUUGGGCAAUUUAUGUAUGGUGUAGGAGGACAGAUGAACUUGUUGAUGGGCCAAAUGCUUCACAUAUAACACCUACUGCAUUGGACAGAUGGGAGGCAAGGUUGGAAGAGCUUUUCCAAGGGAGGCCUUUCGAUAUGCUCGAUGCAGCUUUAGCCGAUACUGUUACUAAGUUUCCGGUUGAUAUUCAGCCGUUCAAAGAUAUGAUCGAAGGGAUGAGGAUGGAUCUAAGGAAGUCGAGAUACAAGAAUUUUGACGAACUUUACCUCUACUGUUAUUAUGUUGCUGGAACAGUUGGGUUGAUGAGUGUUCCUGUCAUGGGCAUUGCACCUGACUCCCAAGCAAGCACAGAGAGUGUGUAUAAUUCUGCCUUAGCAUUAGGCAUUGCUAAUCAGCUCACAAACAUUCUCAGAGAUGUUGGAGAAGAUGCUAGAAGAGGAAGAAUAUAUCUACCACAAGAUGAGCUAGCACAGGCAGGACUUUCAGAUGAGGACAUAUUUGCUGGAAGAGUAAAUGAUAAAUGGAGAAACUUCAUGAAGAAUCAGAUUAAGAGAGCCAGAAUGUUCUUUGAUGAGGCCGAGAAAGGAGUUUUGGAACUCAAUAAAGCUAGUAGAUGGCCGGUCUGGGCUUCUUUGCUAUUAUAUAGGCAAAUAUUGGAUGAGAUUGAAGCAAAUGACUACAACAACUUCACAAAGAGAGCUUAUGUGAGCAAAGCUAAGAAAAUAUUGGCUUUGCCAAUGGCUUAUGCAAGGUCUCUCCUUGGCCCUUCAUGA